AUGGGUCUGGUAGACUACUCAGAAUCGUCCGGAUCGGAGGACGAAGCGCCUCCCAAGCCCACCGUCGCCAAACCCUCAUCAAACACGACAAAGAAGCCCUUCCAAAAAGUCGUCGACCGAUCGAACCCAGGCAAAAUCCUCGUCAACCUCCCAUCGACCAAAUCCGACGACCCCAAGCCCCCGGCAAGCGACGAGCCUCCCGCAAAGCGCGCUCGCACAGCGGGAGGCGGCCGCUUCAGCGGCUUCAACUCGGUCCUACCCGCACCGAAGAACGCCGCCAAGGCCGCCGCACCUGCGACGAGCAGUAGCUCGUCGCGACCGGUUUUCCAGCUCAAGACGGGAGCCGAGCCUGGGUUCAGCCGUGACAGAGGCGAUGGCGAGGCAUCGGGCUCGGGCGACGGAAAUCUCAGCCUACCGGCCCCCAAACAGCCGUCGAUACCAGAAGGCAUGAAGUCGGAGGAGGAAGUGAAGCUCGUCGGCAAGCCGAUGAUGUUUAGGCCUCUGUCUGUCGCCCGCAAAACCAAGAAGAAGACGCCGAGCUCAGUAACACCCAAAGCCCAACCGGCGCAAGUCCCAAGCACAGCACCGCAAGAGACACCAGCGCCUGCACCAGCACCAAUACCAACACCGGCGCCGAAGAAAGUAUCCCUCUUCUCUAUAGAACCCGAAGAGACUUCCUCCGAACCCGGCCCCAAGAGCGGCACCUACGAACCCCUCUUCGAGACACAACAAGACGAAUCGAACGGCUACGCCGAUUAUGCCUCGCACUCCAACUACCCCGCCCCAUCGACAGCCCCGACCAACUCGAACUCCCUCGAUAACAUCGCCGACGACCUCAACCUCUCCGCCGCCGCGCGCCGCGAGCUCUUCGGCAGACAGAAAGGAGGUGCGAACGCCCCGACGGCGUCGCGCGUCAUCAACUUCAACACAGACGAGGAGUACAAGCACAACGAGGAGCUCCGCGCCGCCGGCCAGCAGCAGAUCCACAACCCGGUGCGCUCGAUCGCGCCGGGCAAGCACAACCUGCGGCAGCUCGUCAACGCCGUGCAGAAUCAGCGCGAGGCCCUCGAGGACAGCUUCGCCCAGGGCAAGAACAACAGGAAGGAGGCGUCCAGCCGGUACGGUUGGUAG